UGUAUUGAGCAUAAAAACUUAAACUAAAAUAAUUUAUUUUGCUCGACGUGUUGAAAGCGGAAAAGGCCAAUUUUAUUAGUUUAAACGAAGUAUAAGUUACUGUCUAACCAUCAGUUGAGACCAGUUUCUUACUUGCUACAUUACAGACAUCGAUUUUUACUAAACAUUGUUUUGAAUAUACAGUUUGUAAGAGAUUUUAAUCAGUUGUAAGAUCUUGAUUUGUCAUAGGCCUAAGCGUGCGGCCUAUACUCCACUUCUAGAACAUGCGGUGUUCACGUGUCGUUCACGUGGAAAUGAACCGCGUGAGAUAACUUAUGCGGUACGAUAGCUUCAUUAAGUCAUUUCUAACUUCAAUUUUAAUUUUGUUUCUUACUCAUGCAGUGGAAGUGUAAAUUCUGCUUGUUUUCGUGUGAAAAGAGAGCUCAGCUGCUAAAACACUACCGAUUAAAACAUGGAGGCUUCACUAGAAGUACUCCAAUACCAUGUCUCUAUACCGAUUGUCUAUGCUCAUUUAAGUCAUUUAAUUCACUUAGAGUGCACUUAACGAAAAAUCAUUCACAUCAGGUACAUGGUAGCCAGGCCAGUGCACUUGAGAAUACCCCUUUGAUAUUUCACUGCCUACUUUGCAGUUUUGAGGAGCCCUGCACAGAAUCCAUUUUUUUGUCUCAUUUGAGGCAGCACCUGAAAAAUCAUGAAAUGGUGCAGUGUCCAUACAUAAAUUGCAAUUUUAAGAGCAAUGUCUACUCUACAUUUAAUGUACAUAAAUGCAGAGAGCAUAGAACACCUGAUCAGAGGCAGCUAAAACCUGACAUUCUCUUGCAUGUUGUUACUCCUAGUUUAGGUACAAAUGUGCAACUAGAGGAGCCUUCUUGCCUUGAUCCCGUAGAUGCAAACUUGGAGGAAAAUGAUGCAGAGAAUGAAAAUUUUGAUGAUUUGCAGCAUCAGCUGGAGCAUAAUUUAGCCUCACUCUUUCUCAAAAUGCAGGCUAUUUUACAUGUUUCUGAUUCUGCUGCACAGGAAGUAAUACAACAAAUAAAUCAAAUUUUACUUCUAUCAGAGCCUCUUGCCUGUCAUGCAGUUCAGCAAAUUCUUCUUGAACAUGGACUCGGUGGCUGUGAUUCAUUAGUGAGAAAAGUAGUGAAUGCAGUAAAAGACAGUAACCCAGUCUUGAGAAUGACCAAAGAUGGUGAACCUCUUUCCACAAUAAGCAGAAGAGCAUCAUAUUUUCAGAAUGAAUUUCCAAUUGUCAUGCCAAUUGAAUACAAUCUUGAUUCACAGUCAGUCUCUUAUGUACCAGUUCUGCAAAUGUUGCAGAAAAUUCUAAACAGGGCUGAUAUUCUAAAUAAAAUCCUUUGUAAUGAUCGGUCGGUUAAUGAAUACAUCACUUACAGAGAUGGCAGUCACUAUCAAGAAAAUGACUUUCUUAACACAGAGACCUUUAGGAUUGUCCUUGGUCUUUAUGUUGAUGAAUUUGAGCUCGCCAAUCCCCUUGGCACUUCAAGAAAAAAACACAAAAUGUUUAGUCUCUACUGGGUUCUAGCCAAUCUUCCCUCAAAAGACCGUUCAUCACUUCAGUCAAUUCAGCUAGCAAUUUUAUGCAGAGCUAGUACAGUAAAACAGCAUGGUUACACAGACGUGUUGCGCCCAUUUGUUCAAGACCUUGAAACUCUUGAACAGCAUGGUGUAUACAUUGAACAUUUAGGAGACUGUGUGAAAGGAACUGUACUUUUUGUGUCAUCUGAUAAUCUAGGUGCUCAUUCAUUGGCAGGGUUACAGGAGAGUUUCACUGUUGAGCAUCCAUGUCGGUUCUGCUUUGCCAAAAGGAGUGAAAUCCAGGAGAAGAAGGUCCAGUCGGGAGCAUUUGAACUGAGAACCAAACAGCAACAUGACAGAGAGACCAAAUAUGGAGGCGAGGACAAUACUCAGAGUGAUUGUUCAUGAAAAUGACAUCAGAAAGAUUACACUUCCUGUGAAACCACAGACAGUUGACUCACUGUUGGAACAACUUGAAGAAAAGUUGGGACUUCAGUACAAGUUCUCGCUUCAGUUUGAGGAUCCAGACUUCAACAAUUCCCUUGUGAAUCUUACUGACAUUGCUGACUUGCCAGAUAAGCCUACUCUGAAGAUUGUCUCCAUUAUGACGACACCAACAUCUAGCACGGCAGACACAGAGAUCCUCUCUGUGGCUUCUGAUGAUCAUUCAAGUCAUAGUCAACGGACUGCAUGGCCAGAAACAUUUGAGAUCCCUACUUUUCCUGUUGACGUCGAAUACAGGUUACGUCAGGCAAAUCUACAAUACAUGCGAGACCAGACGUUUCUGAAAGUGUCUACGGAGCUUAAGCAUGAGAUUCUUGAAAAACUCUCAGAGACGAUGUACAGUUUCAGAGCUUACCCAGAUAAGGAAAAUUUUGAGGAAGUUGCUUCUGCUCUGAUUAAAAAACACCCCUGCCUUACCCAACCUGGCUCCUCUAAGGGGUGGAAUGGGUGGUAUAAUAGCCUCAGGUGGAAAAUGGGUAAUUACCGCUCAAAACUGCGCCGAGCUGGAUGUUUGGAGGUAUCCAUAAAUGGUGGAAAAAGAAGAGGACAACAGCCUCAGAGAAACAUCAAAAGACCCAAAAGGUCUGAAAUCAAUUUUCUGCCGAACUUCCCUGAUGGUGAAGAUGAAACCAGCAUGGAGUCCAAAAGAAAAGAGAUGGUGGAAGAUAUGAAAAAACGUCAUCCUAAAGCUUCGCUGAUUGCCAAGAACAUGAAUUCUACAUUUGCAUUACGUAGAAAGGAAUUGAUAGAGACGGAGCCUGGUGUGAAGGAUACAGUGGAAAGGUGGCCAGCUCUCUUUACAGAGAGUCAGAUUUUAGCAGAGUUCAGUCGCAUAUCUGGCAAAAACCUGCAAACCGAACUUUCAAGAACUGGACAGAUUCACUCAACGGUUCAUUGAUAUCUUCAAGGCCAAAGGGGGAGACAUUGGAUGUAAGCUUAAGAAGAUUCUGCAACAGAUUGAAAAUGAGAAAUCUGACAUCGUUGGGAGGCGAACAGCCGUUCUUCAUGGCCUUCCACUCCUCCUUGGAGAAGACCCGACCGAUUUUUACAAGACAUGUUUUGACUGUGAUGACGAAGGAGAAAUGUCCGGCACUUCAAUUGGCAUAUUGUCUGUGAUACCUGAGGACUCUGCAACCAUACCUUACUCUCUGCAUCUCGAUGCCACAUCCACUGCAAUCAUUUUGGAAGGUAGAGUUGUAAUGGAUGAUCUGGGAAACCUUCCCAAAGCAAUGUGCCUGCUUUUUGGGCUCAUUUAUGCUCUGAAUUUAGAGUAUCCUGCUGUACUGAAGAACACGUUUGAUUUCAUUCAAAGGGUGAUUCUGUCACUCGGGCACAAGUCUCUCAAACCUAAAAUACAGUCCCUGAAAAAUCGCCUGUUGCUGUAACAUUGUUGUGCCAUGAUGGACCAUUUUUCAGUUUGUGCAUAAUUGACUAUUGCAGAGUUACAAAAAUGGUAAUCAGGACUGAAGAAUGUUUUUUUCCGGUUGGAAAACGAUCAGUCUGCUCAAUGUUAAGCAGCUGGUCUUAGAAUAUAGUUUAGUCUUAAAAAGAACUUUAAAAUAAAUAGGAAAGUUGUUCAGUACUAAAAAACUGAAGAAUAUGUUUUGAUUCCUGUUGGAAAACGUGCAGUUUGCUUAACAGUGUUAAGUGAUUGGUUUUAGAAAAGGUGUUAAAAAUUUUAGAACACUGUUUAAAUAUAAAUAGACCUAGAAAACUUAUCCAGUACUAAACUUGUUGAUAGAGUGUUCACUGUGUUGUCCAAUUCUGUAUUUCACCACUGUGUGAGAAAAGGUAAAAAAGUCAAAAAAGGGACCAUUGAUUGUUAUAUGUAAUCGCUGUAUGUGAAAAAUUGCAGCGUGUGGUGUUGAUUUGAAGGCAUGACAUUGUUUUAACAUUGUUUUAUGGAACAAAUAAAUGUCCCAGUGUUGUGCCAAAAA